GAAGAAUGUCCUCGUACUGUGGUUUCGAUGAUCGUUCGUUUGAAGACUUCGAUGACUACACGUCAGAAGACAGUGGGUUCGAGAAGAGCUAUGAAUCGUGUGCCGGAGAUCUUACCUUUGCGGGCUGUCUGCAGCAACAGGGUCCACGGAAGCUCAGUUUCGAGCAUGUUGCACUCGCGCCACAAGGAAUCCCUGUGCCAACGGUGAUCGUGCCUGGCCAGAUGGACAUGCUGCUGGCUGGAAACGACCACUCGCCUCCAGCGAAGAAACGUGGCCGACAAUCGCUCAAGGAUAAAGUAGCAGAGGGUAAGCGAGAAGCCGCCGGUAAUUUCUGCCCAAGUCUUGGUGUGCAAACUUCGACCCCAGUGAAGCCAACGGGCGAUGGGGUUGGAGUGGAUCAAAAACCCAAGCGCAAGUACGCGAUGGGGAAGAGCCGUAUCACGCGCAAUCGUAGUCCGACGCAGGUGAUGCGCAUCAAGCGAGUGAGGCGUUUGAAGGCGAACGAUCGUGAACGGAAUCGGAUGCAUACGCUUAAUGAGGCACUCGAGCGAUUACGGCUUACGUUGCCAACCUUUCCAGAGGAUACCAAGCUGACCAAGAUCGAGACGUUGCGCUUUGCGUACAACUACAUCUUCUCGUUGGUGCAGCUGCUCGAGCUGGAUGGCUCGAUACAGCUCGAUCUGGAAAAGCUUCAGAGUCUCACGUUAAGCGGAGAGCGUAUCAACAAGGAGCUGUUCGACGCGAUGUUCAUCAACCCACCACCGGCUGGCCAUCACUGGGGUAUGGGAGGAGCAUUCACGGCAGGCGAUUUCUACAACAGCAUACAACAGUACGGAGCAGUUGUUAAUGGGACCAACAACCAGACAAACGGUGGACAGUUCCCUCAAACAGUGAGGGAAGGUGAAACGGGACCAUUUUCCAAACAAAACUAUAACCUAUUUCGCGGUGCCUUUGAUGCGGCCUAUAAUACACGGUCGCCACCAGUGAAUCAGUCCACAUAUCCUGCAGAUUAUCCUCAUCAUCAUCAUCAUCAUCAUCAGCAGCAGCAGCAAAGUGCAUCACCGAUGCCCCAACCAAGACUUCAGCAUCUACCAUCGCAACCUCUUCCUAAUAGUGUUCGACAAGCGUCCUCGAUAGCAUCAGUUCCACCAAACGUUCACACUCCACACCAGCCGAGUUACACCCGCGAUGGUUACUACCCUCAGAUGGCACAGAAUGGAGUGACCUCAAACGGUCCGGAUGUAUCCGUCAGCCAACAGCAGCGUCACUCACCGCAAGGAAGUACUACGCAGACGAUGCACUAUAACAGCAGCUUCUACAACCAAACUCCACCGUGGCGUGAAGGCAACGGAGACACCGGAUUCACCGGGCUUGAUUCGGGAAUAUUCGAUGAUUUUGGUGGUGCUGCCGUCGCAUAA